AGAAGCAUCCUAGGCAAACGUGAAAAAAUUAAUUCCCCACAACACCCACCGUCGUCGGCGGCGGCGGCGGCAUGGCAAACAGCGGCAACUCGUCGUCGUCGGCGGCGGCCACCUCCACCACCCCUCCUUCUCCCCGGCCCGCUCCUCCGGGGAGGCAGAAGGCGAAGACGCCGCCGCUCACCGUCGAGGGGUACCCCGUGGAGGGCAUCUCCAUCGGCGGGCAGGAGACGUGCGUCAUCUUCCCGACGCUGAGCCUCGCCUUCGACAUCGGCCGGUGCCCCCAGCGCGCCAUCUUGCAGGAGUUCCUCUUCAUCUCCCACGCCCACCUCGACCACAUCGGCGGCCUCCCCAUGUACGUGGCCACGCGGGGCCUGUACAGGCAGCGCCCGCCCACCAUCUUCGUCCCCGCGUGCCUCAGGGAGCCCGUGGAGCGGCUCUUUGAGCUGCACCGCUCCAUGGACCAGUCUGAGCUCAGGCACAACCUCGUCCCCCUUGAGAUUGGGGAGGAGUAUGAGCUCCGGAGGGACCUCAAGGUGAAGACCUUCAGGACCUACCACGCCAUUCCCAGCCAGGGGUAUGUGAUAUACACGGUGAAGCAGAAGCUCAAGCAGGAGUAUCUUGGCCUCCCAGGGAGCGAGAUCAAGCGGCUGAAGCUGUCGGGUGUGGAGAUUACGAAUACAUUGACGGUGCCUGAGAUUGCUUUUACGGGAGAUACAAUGGCAGAUUUCAUUCUUGAUCCUGAUAAUGCAGAUGUGUUGAAGGCGAGAAUUCUCGUCUUGGAGAGUACUUUUGUUGAUGACUCUGUUACAAUUGAGCAUGCAAGAGAAUAUGGGCACACUCACCUGUUUGAGAUAGUGAAUCAGUGCGACAAGCUUGAAAACAAAGCUAUUGUGCUAAUCCACUUUUCAGCCCGUUAUACCGCAGAGGAAAUUGAUGCUGCAAUCAAUAAGUUGCCACCCUCUUUCAGAAGUAGGAUUCAUGCAUUGAAGGAAGGUUUCUGACAAAGAUGAACUAAUAAAUCAGAAAUGAUCAAAUGAAGCCAUCCGCCUUUCUUUUUGACGCACUCAUCUAACAAGAUCUUGACACAGGGGGAGUUUUCUUCUACUUUUUUAGAUGAGUCCAUCCUCUUGAGACCUUUCCUGUAGCUACCUCUUUGCAUUCUGAACAUUAACGUGAUUUUGGUCAUUGACAAUCACAAGUUCACAACGAAUGAUGGUUACAUUCAUGCUCAUCACAAAAUCAACUUUUUAUACAUCAGCACAAUCUCCAAAAUAUAAGACAAUAACACUGACUUCUGGACAUCGACAUGGUUUAUAAAGUACAGUAACAUCUUCUGAACAUUGACAUGGUCUGCGAAACACAUGACUAGUAGAAGAGGGGUGGUGUAUGUUGGUUAACUAGUAGAUACCCUACUCGUUGCAGUAGGACUUAGAACUUCUUUUAUUGUGAAAUAUUUAUCCACCGUUUGUUAAGUUCGCCAGUGAACUUAAAACAGUUUUUAAGGUACUGCUUUUCCCUUCAGCAA